AUGAUCGGGGGCUCGGUGGUUAAAAUUCAACCAGGUGACAGGAAGGUCGACGCAUAUAAUCUGGAUUUUGAGAUUUUCCAGAAAGCCAUCGAGGGAGGUUUUGUGCCAACUUUAGCUUCAUCCAACAACGAACAUGAGACUCAUCUUCCUGCUAGGGAAAACAGUUGGAGCUCAUUGAAAUGUAAGUUUGCAUCAAGGUUUGAGAAGGGUUUUCGGUAUGUCUCCAAAACGCCUCUGUCGAGGGUCUAUUCUGAUUCGAUGAUGAUCGUGCAUUCAUCAGCCUCACCUUCCUCAACAACUUCUUCAUCGUCAUCUGCAUCGCCUCCUUUUCUUUCUCCGGAUUCUGUAUGUUCAACAAAUUCAGGCAAUAGCUUAAAGAGUUUCUCACAAUCAUCUGGGCGCUCGUCCUUGAGACCUUCUUCUAUUCCACCAUCGUUGACAUUGCCGAAAUUUUCCAGCCUGUCUCUCCUUCCAUCCCAGACUUCUCCUAAAGAAUCUCGUGGUGUCAAUAAUUCUCCACAGCCUUACAUUGAA